UACAUACAUGCAUGGACAGUACACACAGUUUGUCAGACACCCUAUAGGAUCAGAGAAACACCUCGAGUGCACUGUGUUCUGCUGUGUAUCUUCUCCUUUAGUCAUUAAACUAAACAGGCUGCAGGGGAGAAUUUCAGGCACAAAGUAAUUAGGUCUUUUUGUGGCAUAUCUCUAAGCCAUGUCGUAGUGGUCUCAGAUCAGAGGUCUCUGUUGUGAGAGAAGCCUUUACUAUUUUUUUACUAUUAACUUUUUCCUAGACUUAGAUGAAGGCAAAGGCUUUGUCAGUGAAGGAGUGCACCUGGAUGUCAGAGGAGUGCCACCCAGUGGAUGAGCUGCUCAGAGAUACCCAGGUGGACAGCCUCUGUUUACCAAAUAUCUUCAAGUCCAAAAAAGUGAAGCCACUCACCAGGAUUCAGAGCGGCCCCACUUACCAGGUUUACUAUACAGCCAGAGAGCUUCUGCUGGAUGUGCUGGACAGAGGAGCUGUCCGGGAACUGAUCAGGAGAGCUGUUGGUGUGAAGGCGGGAGCCAAGCGCCCGUCAUACAGCCAGAGCAGAGAGCAGAGCACAGACCUCUCUGAGGAGGAGUACGCCGAGGCAUUAACAUGGUUCUCUAUAGUCCUACAGAACGGGCUGUCUGCAGGAGACAACUGCAGCUUUGGGUCAGAGCUGACCCUAAAACUGGAUGGGUGGCAGGGUGUCCUGAAGAGAAACAGCUUCCAGACCAACCUCCUGUCUCUGACCAGGCUGGAGGAUGGAGACAAGUUGGAAGCUCUCUCUGCUUUCUGUAGCCACAUAACCAGGCGCUACCAGGCCUUAUACACACCUGGACAAAACCUGGCUGUGAAGAAAUACCAGCUUUCCUACCAGCAGGGUCCUUGCCCGCUCAACCUUGCCCUCCUCUGUGACUUGAGCUCAGGGUUUGUCUGUAACAUGUAUCUGUACUGUCCAGAGCAGCUUCAGAGGCGGAGUAGGAAACCUGUAGUUGCGCAGGUGGUGGAACACCUGCUGAGACCUUUCUGCAGCCACAGACACCUGGUUCAGCUGGACAGCUCUGCCUGGAUGGAGGGGAGACUCACGGACAUAUUCUCUGGCUUCGGGGUGAAUAUUAAUUUUGUUCCCACUGUUAAAAAUCGAGUCACGGACCCAACGUCAUCUUCAUGUCCACCAGUCAAGCUACAUCAGCGGAGACGGACAUCCGAGGACUCAUUGCCUCAACUUGUGGCCCACCUGCAGGGCUGGACCGGACCUGCUCUACUUCCUCUGUCAGACCUGAAACGAUCAGUGGUAGAUGUGUUUCUGUCGGGCUUCUGGGUGGCACUACACAUGAUUUGCAUCAACACAUUUGUGCUCCACACUCUGCAGAGCCAGAGCUCAGGCAGGCAGGUCCACCUGACAGAGUUCACCAGGACUCUGGCCUCUCAGCUGGCCGUGGACAGCAGUGUCACUGUGCCUGUUUUGCCACGACUAAACAGCAGUUCAUACCAAGAGACAAGCUCAACAAAUCUUCUGAAACAAAGGGCAAACAUUACCAGCUGUGGUGAGGCGAUGGAGAGUGAGAGAAGAGGCUGCAGCUCUGCAGUGAGGCUGCAGGGGUGGAACACACCAGGAGUGUGUGGUUUGAACAACUCCGGAAACUCCUGCUACUUAAAUGCUGUGUUGCAGUGUCUGUGCUCUACCGUGCCCCUCGUGGAGCACCUCCUUAAUCAGGACACUCGCAAGGAGCUGGCAAGGUCUAAAUGCCGGGUGGCUGAGGCGUUUGUCCGCCUGCUGGAGGAGAUGUGGCUGGGAAGGAGCUCCAGUUGCGCCCCUGUGGAGGCCAGAUCAGUGCUGUGCUCCAUCCUCCCCCAGUUCAACAACUACUCCCAGCAAGACGCCCAGGAACUGCUGCUCUUGCUCCUCAAUGCACUUCAUGACAACCUCAAAAAAGUCGCAAAGCAACAGAUGCGAUCCUCCAUACGACGGCCGAGACAAGACCAAAAUAGAAACUGUGCCGCCGCAGCGAUUGACUCUACCAUUGUCUCACAUCUGUUUGAGGGCCAGCUGAGCUACAUGACCCUCUGCAUGCACUGCAAACUUCAGGGACACAGCACACAGGCCUUCACUGUACUGUCUUUACCAAUUCCAACAGACAUCAUUAAGUGCUCCAUUCAGGAUUGCCUGUCGCUCUUCUUCGAGCAGACUAUCCUGACGGGGGCAGAGCAGAUGCUGUGUUCAGUGUGCGGGCUGAGGAGAGAAACGGCCGUCCUGACUUGUUUGGACAAACCGCCUGAGAUCCUGAUGCUGCACCUGAAACGGUUUGGUUGUAAGGGGAAGAACCAGGUGAAACUGAGGAGCAAUGUUGCGUUCUCCAUGAGGCUCGACCUCAGCCCGUUUCUAUCCAGCUCAGUACAAAACACUUCAUAUUCUUCAUACCGCCUAUAUGCUGUUGUGAACCAUGCAGGUCACCUGAACAUGGGUCAUUAUACAGCUCUGUGCCACAACGCCUUGACCCAGACCUGGCACUGUUUUGACGACUCAGUGGUCAGAGAGGUCCAGGACAGUCUUGUGCAAUCUCCAAAUGCAUACUUGUUGCUCUACAGCCGCAAGCGUUUCCAAAAGCCAAAGAUCCAUGGACUCUGAGGUCUACAUCCAACAGACCAAACCCAUUAGGGGACUUUGCAACUCCCCCGUCCAUUUCCCUUAUUUAUCUCCCCCAUCUUAAUUAAUGCUAAUUUAAACUGUCUUCGAGUCUGCUCCUCAUCAGUAGACCUGUAUCCAGGAAACGUCUGUGACGCUUGUUCGUCUGCUGGCUUCUCCAUACUUGUACUUCAAAUAAAUUACAAGUACUACCAUUGCUUGGUGUGCUACCAUUAUGGCCAAACGACUAUGUGUAAUAUUUGUAUUCUGUAUUGUCACUUAACGCAGGGACAUAAGACGAUGAAUGGACCAGGGCUUCAUUCAGGAUGUCACCGUUGUUUGUGGCAACACUGAACACUUGCUGAAAAUAUCUUGAAAUGCUCAUUCACACACAGACAAACACUAAUUUGAAGCAGUUUUAAUAAAUAGUCAUAUGAGUUGUUUGAGGUUAAUAUAAUCAUUAUAUCUGAAACAAAUUUUUUUAGAGCAAUAAGAAAUAAAAUCAACAUGUACAAGUAAAAAGAAAACAUUAUGAUCUCAUGCUAGGCAAUAAAACUGUAGUCAGGAAGUAGAGUCAAAUUCUGCCUCCUCAGAUUUCUGGUCCGUUCAGAAAAAAUAUCACUAUAAUCUGUGCUUGCUCUUGUCAGUCAGUCGGUCGGUCAGUCAGUCAGUCAGGCAGCAAAUGUUGACGCUAAUGCACUCGUAUAAGUGAAUAAGGUCAAUUUCUCAUGUCUUCAUAUUCUUCUGGGUCUGUACUAAACACAGUAAAUCACAAUAAAUCAGAAUCCAACCUC